UGGAAAUUCAGCCCACUGUUUCCGCCUGAUAUUCCGGUAACUUAGCUAGCUCACGUCGCUAACAUCAUGGUGAGAGCGCGAAGGGCGGUGGGCCAGCCCAAGAAGAGGACACCUGAUGGCGAUGAUACUUAUAAAGACAUGCCUGUCCCAGACAAGAGAUCAUCCAAAUAUGUAGAGGAUGAGAUUGCAGAAUUCCACUCCAAAAAAAUAGAGAACUUGCUGGCAAAGGGAGUGCAGUCAGACAGUGACCAGGAGGACAUUGCUGAUGAGGAGGAGGUGAUGGCUUUGGAAGUCUCUGAUUCAGAUGAGGAAGAUGAUGAUGAUGACGAAGAAGAGGAGGAGGAGGAAGAAGAAGAGAUGGACAUGGAGAGUGAUCUUGAGGGAAAGAAAGAUGAUGACCUUCCCAAUGAAAUGGCCUGGGGUCGUAGGAAGAAAAUGUUCUAUGAUUCUGAUUAUGUCCCUGCCAAAGGGAAGUCUCAGGAGGAGGCAGAGGCUGAGGAACAGGAAGAGGAAGAGGAGGCCAAGAACAUCCAGAGACGCCUGGUGGGAAAUCUCAGCGAGGAGGAUUACGACCUGCACCUCCUCCAGGAAUUCACAGUGCCUGAGGAAGCGGAGAAGCCUUCACAGGAGGAGGAGAAGAUUGUGAAGGAUCUGGAGAAGAUGUCCCACAAAGAGAAACUGAAGCUACUGAAGAAGGAGUCCCCGGAGCUGCUGGAGGUCAUACAGGAUUUCAAGGCCAAGCUGGCAGAGCUGAGGGAUGAGAUCCAGCCUCUCCUGGAGAUGGUCAGAGACGGAAGGAUCCCAGAGGGGAAGGGUGCAAAUUAUCUGAGGACGAAACAGCAGCUCUACCUGAACUAUUGCACAAAUAUCAGUUUCUACUUGGUGUUGAAGGCCAAGAGAGUCCCAGCGCAGAACCACCCAGUGAUCGAGAGGCUAGUCUCCUACAGGAACCUUAUUAAUAACCUUGGAGAGGUGGACGCUCGACUAGCUCCACAGAUGCGGCAGCUGCUGUCCGAAGCCCAGCAGCAGGAGGUCGGCAGGAAACCUGCGGGCAGCAAGCGCGCCAGCGCGAAGGUAACAGAAGAGUCCGGGUCGGAGGCUGAAGGCGAAUCCGACUCGGACUUGGACGAGGAGGCCGCCCUGCGCUUCUACAAAGAGCAGGAGGCGAAGCUGAAACAGAAGAGGAGGAAACAACAGCCUGAGGAACAACUGGAGUACGACAACGACAACCUUGACCCUGAGGCCAAGAGAGGCAUCACCUACCAGAUGGCCAAGAAUAAGGGCCUCACACCAAAGAGGAAGAAAAUCGACCGAAACCCACGCGUCAAACACCGAGAGAAGUUCCGCCGUGCCAAGAUCCGCAGAAAGGGCCAGGUUCGCGAGGUCCGUAAGGAAGAACAAAGAUACAGUGGAGAAUUAUCUGGUAUUCGCGCCGGAGUUAUAAAGAGUACCAAAUUCAAGUGAUGGAUCCAGACAUUUUUAUGAGGUUGCCGCAUUGGUUUUUCCAACUCAAAAUAAUUUGUACAGACACACUUCUUAGGGCUAUCCAGAACUUAACUGUGACUUACCAUUGUACUCUUGUGUUUUAUUGAUUGUGUUUUCAAUUAAAGCUUUGGCAAUAUUU